CACUAGAUCUACCUGAUCAUCUGAGGGAUUUGACUGAAUCAAGAUGCGGCUGAUCAUUGAAGCUCUUCUUCUCAUUUUAGCUGCUCUAGGACAGGAUCACAGCGCUGCUGCCGGACAGAUAUUUCCAUUGGAUAUGGCACCGAAUUCUGUCGAUGACUAUUAUUCCGGCUGUAGAGGGAAAAUGGCAAAUCUGGUGAAGAUGGAAUAUCUGAAGAAGGAAAUCUACAGCUCAGCUAAAUAUAAAAUUAGUUGGAAAGUAGGUGAAAUGUUUGUCAAGUUCCCAAAAGAUCAUUUAACAAGGAAUCAUUUAAUCGCCAUUUAUGUGUACAGUGAUAGUAAUGUAUAUCACCAUUUUAAUCCUGACACUCGUUACGGUAAAAAACAGUACAAACACAAGACAUUCAAAUGGUAUUCACUUCACUUUCUGUUAACAGAAGCGAUACAGAUUCUGAAGAAAACACACAAUAAAUGCAUGUUAACGUAUCGUGGUACAAAUGUUGAAUUUUAUAAGAAUGUUCUGAACAAAGAGAUUCGAUUCGGCUCAUUUUCAUCCUCCUCUCUUGAUCCUAAUGUAGCACGAGGUUUUGGAAGUAAAUCUUGCUUUGAAAUCUACACCUGUGAAGGUGCUGAUGUCACAAAAUAUUCUAAGUAUCCUCAUGAGAAAGAGGUGCUGAUUCCUCCAUAUGAGAAGUUUAAAGUCACUGCUGUCAGAACAAAAACAUAUCAGCACAAUCUCUGGUGUGACACUGUGUUCACUUUGAAAAGCACUGGGAGAGUAAGUUACCAGAACUGUGCAGUGGCAUUCAAGAAACCAUACAAGUACUAAUUAUAUUCACUGAAGAAAAAUAGUGCUCAGAAUUGAUCAGUUCCAAACUAGUAAAUAUAGAAGAAGUCUUCCUCUCAAUUUAGCUUAAUAGUUCUUUGUCAGCAGACAAUUUUUGUACACUUUAAAUUGUUCUGAAAUAAAACAUUUAUAUUGGCCUUAAAAUGA